AGAUAAAUAUUUCCUGUCCGUAGUUAUCUGUUCCCAAAAUGGUUCCUUUGAACUGAUGUUGAAGGGCUACGCAUAUUGUGCGCAGAAGCCAAUCCAAGGACAAAUAUAGACUUCUUUAUCCUAACAGCAGGUUUUAGACCUCCCAGAAAACUGACCCGUGGACACUUUCUCCACACUUUCUCCCCUCGACCGGUGUCCGGCUCAUCUUCACUUGAAAUCUAAUAACUGAUGAGUGAGACUAGUGAGGUCCGACCUUUAGCUGAUGUGGAUCUGGGCGUGUGCGUGCUAUGGCUGAAGAUGUCUGUGGACUCUGAGAAGCGGUGUGUCCUGUUGCCGCGAGAGACCAGGACUUCAUGUGUGUUCCACACAGCCGAGGAAAAGGAUGAGAUACCAGGGGUGGGUGAGGACAGUGUGCUGGAGAUGCUGAGCUACUCCAAGUUCUCCGACUUGGAAACAUGGCUGUGCAUGCCGUCCACCCUACUGCCCCGAGUACUGGAGUCCACGCACUCCUCCUCCUCCUCCUCCUCCUGCUCCUCCUCCUGCUCCUCAUCCACCACCACCUCCGUCUGCACCUCCCCUGCUCCUGCCCCCUGCCUCUCCACAGGCUGCGAGACUGCAGAGACAGAUGCACAAACACAAAGACCUCCAGAGAAGGAAGCCCUGUUCCUGACCCCUGCUCUGGGGAGGGAGACUCCGUUCCUGGCCACACCGCUCGCCCCCAUCCUGUCCUCUACACCCUGUCACAUGACAAACCUGACCUCAUUGGGAGACUCCGCCUCCCAGGGCAGGGUCAACGUGAGGAAGCGCAGACGAUUGGCAGCCAGCCCAGGAGGGCUGCACUGGAACGCUGCAGGUUCAGUCCGCCGCGACUUUGAGCGCUCUAACUCCGCCUCUAAGCGCAUGCCUAGCCCCUCCUCCAACCAUGGCGUGGGGGGAAGCAGCCCCCCCCUGCGGGACACGGCGGGGGCAGGAGGGGAAUGGUGCGCGUCCUUGAGGAAGACGGUAUCCGUUGACGACCGUUUACUGCAGCCGGCGGUCAGAGAUCAGAGACACAGCCGCCUGGACAGAGGCAAGAAGAAACUCCGGAACAUCCAUAGUCUUGGAACCACCGGCAGAUACGACACCAGAAAAAAGUAAGUGUUGCUCAACUUGCUCUCAUUCUGUCAUUCAGUCAGCCAUAACAGCCAGCCAUACAUACAGCCUUGCAUAACAGCCAGCCAUACAUACAGCCUUGCAUAACAGCCAGCCAUAUAUACAGCCAGCCAUAACAGCCAGCCAUACAUACAGCCUUGCACAACAGUCAGUCAUACAGCCAGCCGUAAAAGCCAGCCAUGCAUCCAUACAUCCAGCCAGGCAUUCAGCCAGCCAGUCAGCCUACCAGCCAUAUAGCCAGUCAGUCAGUCCACCAGUCAGUCACCCGGCCAGCCAGACCAGCUAUGAGCCAGCAUCCACUCAGCCAGCAGUCUUCAUACCUUCACUCUGCCCAUCAUCCCCAGCCACAGCCCUCAUUAGAUUAGAGAGGGCGGCACAUACACAUAACUACAUCAAGGAUGGAGAAUGUGUAAUGACUUUAGUUGAGCAUUUCUCUGUCUGUCAUUGUUGGCUGUGCUGCACCCCCUCCCCCUUCCCCCCCCUCCCCCCCUGAUGUGUCAGUGAACCUUGAGAAAUCCUCCAUCCUGCAGCCAGCACUGACCAAGGACACAUUAGCCCCCUGACGCUCUGUGGCCUUUGUCGCCAUGGUGACUAUUUCCAUUAUUGUAACUAGUCUAUUAAUUCCUUGGACAGGUGGGGCUUGACGUUUAGAGUGAUCAGGCAGUGUGUGUGUGUGUGUGUGUGUGUGUGUGUGUGUGUGUGUGUGUGUGUGUGUGUGUGUGUGUGUGCGUGCGUGCGUGUGUGACUCACUGUGGUAUUAGGUGGGGGGCUAACAGACAUUUAUUUUAUUUCAGUUUUUAUUGGUGUCAAACUUUGUUAGUUUGUUACUUUGUUAGCCAUUUAAUCAGUACCAACCACAAUAAUCUAGACACCCCAUUGUCUUUAAUACUCUGAGUAAGAAGAGCAAGAGAUAAAGAGAGAGAGAGAGAUUGAUAGAGAGAGAAUGAGACAGGAGACAUAGAGACGGA